AUGAGGGCUCACAGGUUGACCACAAAUAAUGAAUGGACAUUGACCAUAGUAUGCGGAUUGUAUAACCAUCCACCUGUGGAGCACCUUGAGGGACAUUCAUAUGCGGGGAGGCUAUCAAAGAAUGAGAAAUCAUUGUUAAUGGAUAUGUCAAAGAGCAUGUCAUUACUUAAGGAAUUCAGUAGUUAUCCUGAUGCAGUCAACUACAUCAUGGAUACUUGGUUGGUUCCUUACAAGGAGAAAUUUGUGGCGGCAUGGACAGACACGUGUAUGCAUUAUGGCAAUGUUACAACUAACCGAGUUGAGAGUGCACAUGCAAAACUGAAAAGACAACUGGGUUUAUGUCAAGUCUCAUUUGAGGCAUUAUUUGAGAAAAUACACAGUCUGCUUGAGUUGCAACACACUGAUAUCAACUCUUCAUUUAAGAAAAGUCUAACUGUUGUGCAACAUCAAUUCAAGCCUUCUCAGUUCAAGGAGCUAUGGGGUAAUGUGUCUAUUUCUGCAUUGCUUGUAGAGAGUAAGAGAGUCAAUUCCAUUGGUAUUGAUGUUGAAGCUUGUAGAUGCGUCCUUCUCUACAUUCAUGGUUUACCUUGUGCCCAUGAGAUUGCUGACUACAUCAGACAAGAUCGCCAUAUACCAUUUGCUACCAUACACUCACACUGGAGGCAACUUCAUAUCUCCAUAUGCAAUAAAGAAGAGGAAAUGGAGGUGACUUGUCAUACAGAAGUAGAGUUAUUUGUGAAAAAGUUCAAUAAAAGUGAUAGAACCAUGCAGUUGGAGCUUUUGAAGAAGUUAAAAGAGAUUGAAACCAAGAAGAAGCGACUUGUUAAGGGAAAUGAGAAGGUGAAUGUGAAGAAGAUGGUGUAUAUUACCAGAAUAGUAAGACCUGGUGCAUAUGUUAAUGCUUUCCCUUCUGGGUUGAAAACAUACAUUAAGUUUGCUAAGGAUGUAGCUGCAGAUGGGAAUUGUGAUUUCAGGGCUAUAGUUGCUUCAAUUGGUCAUAUAGAAAAUGAUUGGGCUCAGGUUAGGCAUGAUCUUUUGGGUGAGUUGCACACCCACAAAGAGGAAUACAUUAUACUUUAUGGGUCUUACAAAAGGUUUGAAGAAUUGACAAGCAUAUUGUCAUACUUUGAAGAUAGUCCUGAUUACUCACAUUAG